AGAGUAAACAAUAAGAAUUAAGCACUUGGCCAGAUUCAUCAACAACAGCAAUACGACUGGCCAAAGUACAGAAAGCGGGUGAGACUCAUUCUCAGAAUUUCAAAGUGGGACAUCUCUCGAACACGUGAAAGUUGAUUGGUAACUUCAGCGAUGCCAGAAGGACUUUGUAAGGUGGUUUGGAGCAGGAGGACUGCCGCAAUUUACAUUUUAGCUUCUUGUCACUUUUUAAGCGUUGAACUGGCGACGACUCAACCUUCCCUAGGCACGAAGCCAUCAGCUUCACAUGCAAAGCUUGUGAGAAGCAAAGACACUCAAGCUGAUAGAAUGAAGGCUGGUGAAAUCGUAGAGGAAACCCAUGGUAUUUACGAAAUAUUGAAAUCCACUCCAGUUACCCAAGCUUCAACAACAACAACAACAGCAAUGACUUUGUCCACAGUUCCAGCAAAAGUCGAUACCACACCUCUACCUGCAUCUACAGGAGGCUCUGGAACAACGUCCGUCGAGCCAAGUAACAAAGACCUAACGGUAACAAUACCUAUCGUGACGUCAUAUUUCGUUAGCACGUCAUCGGUGGUAAAACUGCAGAUUACUUCAAAGUCUACAGUUGUUGAUUACGUAACCCCGAAAAGAGAAAAAGGAGUGACAUCUCAAAACGAAUGGAAAGCAUCAUCUUCACCCAAGCGAGUUAUGAGUUCAUCCGAGGGUUUGGGAAUAAAGGCAUCAAAAGCUGGUGAACACAAAGGUUCUUCUACGGCUAGCUCAGGUCUGUCAAAACAAAUCAGUUGGCUUACUCCGGUCAAGAAGGAAAUACCAGUUUCUCCGGUGUUUGAAAUCAUGGUUUCCCCAAGCCUGAAGAAACAAGUUAGCUCCCCUCCAUCACCCUCAACUCAAAGCAUGCAGCAAAGGGCAUCUCUGUCAACUUUGAGAAACGAACCUUCCUCAUUUUCUAGUAAACAAGCUUCGUCUUACAGUAAAUCUUCGCUGGUAAAAAUAUCUCGAAGCGAUUCAAUUCCUUCUGCAUCCUCAGUCGUGAGGCUUUCACGUAAUAUGGAAAUCAAUACCACUCUUGUUGUUCUAGAAAAAUUAAACUCCUCUUUACCAUUUUCGUCUUCAAUAAAAAUACCGAUGUCCUCACAAGUCAAAGACGAAUUUACCCCAUCGAAAGUACUAGAUUUAAAGACAUCUUCUAACCUCAAGGAACGAGCUCCUUCAACUUCAAAGAUAUUAAUGUCUUCAUCAAGACUAACUUUGUUCUCUCCAGCAAAUAUAAGCACGUCUUCACCUUUAGUUACAGAAAUAACGACCUUAGUUUCCACUGUGGCAAUUUCUCAAAACGUAAGCAUUAAUAAAUCCCUAAACCAGAGCCAGGAGUCAAUGUAUUCUCAAACAAAGGAAGGUACGAAAUCAUAUCAAGCAGUGGAAACUGUUACGUCUUCACACCUAAAAAAAUUCACUACUGCUUACAUGAUAGGAACUACCACGUAUGUAACAGUAGAACCAUCGCCAUGGAAACUGUCACCUCAAGCGUCAAGGCAAAAUACAUCAUCUUCAUUGCUACAGUUACAAGACGACAUGAUGACAUCAUUGAAACCUAAGAGUACUAUCAUGUCCUCCCAAGUCAUCUCUUCUCCAUGGAGGGAGACUACGCUGUCUUCCAAUAUGGAUAGUAAGCAACCUCUAUCUUUACCACAAUUCCCUUCAACUGCAAAUCGAUUUAAGUCAUUUUUAAUGGUUAAUGUGAUGAUACUUUUAAAUUUACGAAAAAAUUCACAUCAACUCUUAUUCCUUAACUUUUAAUUAAGGGUGUAUGAAGACUAGUCACUCUUAAAAAAAAAAUUAUUACAAGUGGAAAAUCUUUUUUAAUCUUACUUCCCUUUCUGGUUGCAGAUUUGGUUACUUCCUCUCUCCCUAUGACCGCCAGAGUUCUAUUACCAUCCACACCUGAAGGGGAGGCGACAAAGGCGAGUUCGCAGUCCUCAACUGAGAAUAGUCCGACGUCGGAAGCGAAUGUCCCUGUCACAAAACCAGUCAAACAAACAACAUCGCUUCCAGAACCGCAAACAACACAAAUGAAGACUAAACCAGUAACAGAAGACCCAACCAUUCACCACAAUGAAUCCACCCACCACAGCAAGCCCACUCACCAUGGAGAGUCAAAUGACACGCAUAAAAAUGAUAGUGAUCACACCGGCCCGCGUGGCAAAAUGGGUCAUCCUCACGAACCUUCUGAUGCAGACGCUUUGACUGAAGGGAAUAAAGUUAAUGAGGGCUGGCAGAUUUCUAUUUACAUUGUGGUUUCUCUUAUAAGUGGGAUUAUUGCAUUUGUAAUAGUUAUGGUGGUCAAAAGCAAUCGCCAGAUGAGGUUGGUUUGCUAUGUUUAAUAUUUAAUAUUAAUGUAAUAAUUAAUUCAUAUCCAAUGACCCUUAUCUAACAGUAAAUUUUGAUAGAUAUGAGUAGAAACUCGAUUCUAACACGUGCGAAAGAAAUCUAUAACCUAAUAGAGUACAAUUACUAACAAACUGGUUUAAAAUCCUGGUUGAUUAUGGAAACUACGAGACCUGCCAGCUUUUCACAAAGCAUAGCAGGGAAGGGAAGCUUUACUCAGGACUAUCAAGUAAAUGAGAGGCAAAUGAAAGGAUUUUAACGUAAGACCCGCAUUUUUUAAAUUAAGAGCACUAAAAACUCUGACCUCACCACCCUCCCCUCCCACUGUCUUUAAAAUGGCCCUACAAGGUGCUUGGAGUAAAGUAUGCUUGAGUCAAAAGAUGAAUGAAGUUCAUUUGAAGCUUUAGUGAGUUUUGGAGAGCAACAAGGAAGACUUACCAAACGUUUCGAUAAGUCAAAUUUUUCCAUUUAAUUUUGGUACUUAAAAGUUAUGUUCCAGUGCAUGCGGUUUGAGAUCAUCUCAUCUAUGCUUAAUUGUAUCGUGAUGUUAAUUAUGUGGAAAUCCAGGAGCCAUGCCAUGAGCGGCUAAGAACUUACAGGGUGCUCCCACUUCCCCUACCCUCUCCCCCUUAUCCCUUCCCCUACCCCCUUCCCCUUAUCCCUUCCCUUAUCCCUUCCCCUACCCCCUCCCCCUAAUCCCUCCCCCUCACCCUCGUCCUUGCAAUCCCACAACAUCCGUGGUAUGAGUGGAAAUAUGUUAUCUUAGAAUCAUUAAUUUUGUUUGAUACUUAAACAAUUGAAUGCAUUAUUAAACCUAAACUGUGCAAUUUGUCCUUUUUUCUCUUUGCAGACACGUCAGAUUACGAGAGAGUCAGCGUAAACGCAAACGCGAGUGUAAGUUAAUGUCCUGCACAGCUUUACAUGUUAAAAGGAAAAUAUAAUAACAUUACGUAUUUCAGUGAAAAGACUGAAAGUUUUGAACUACUUUAUACGUUCACCAGAAAUUAAUCUUGAGGAUUAACUUCGCCUCUGGAGGUCUGAGUUCGAUUCCUGGCCGGGAGUCAUUCUUGAUCCUGGGCAAGACUCUUGCUUCUCAAAGAACCUCUCUUCACUUUAAAGUCCACAUACAUACCAGUAAUUUGAGGGCGGAAACCUGACUGAAAAGUAUUCUAGAGGACAAGGCUACCCGCAGUUCCCAUUCCAUCUCACUUUAUGAAAAGGAAACUGAACAACUAUACUGCCGUAUCCCGAACUGGGAUAAGCUCAGGACAUCGGAGCUUGCCAAUAUGCUUCUUUAAGCACUUUUAUCGGCAACAACCAAUGGUGAAUCUAAAACUUUUCGUAGCAAGGCCGAAGUGUCAUUACACCCUUUGCCUUAACCCUUAUUUUUGUUCAAAUAUAUUUUAGGUCAUAUUACAUUUUCUGAUUUCUUUCAGUGGCAAGAGAAAAAGCCGCCGCACUAAGAGCGAUCAAAACAGAAGAACCAAAGCCUCAUACAGAAAAGAAGAAGGAUGAUAACAGGUUGAGUUUCCUCAAACAUGACCCUGAAGAGUCCAUCCCGCUCCUUGAACUCCAUAUUACAGACGGUGAGGCUCCUGUACUUAGUGGUCACCUGGAGAAACAGAGACCACAGGACAUCAGACCUACUGAACCAUCCACCUUUGAUACAGAUACAAAACCACCGAUGGAGGAGAAUGCAAACAUAUCGCCUGAAACCCCCACCAUUCAAAUUGCCUGAGGGGGAAGGACAAGAAAUUGUUGGAUUUCUGGGUGUCAUAGAAAUCUCACAUAUAGUUAACAAUUUUUUUAAUAAGCAGCCCUAUCAUUUAAAAGUAAAUGGAAAGAAUCAGUAAAGGAAACAUCAGUAAAAGAAUAAGCUAUUAAAACUAGACGCCAUUUUUUUGUAGAACUUUAAUUUCUUUUCGAUACUCGUUAUGAAAACUUUGACUACCAGAUGAUUGACUGUUUCGUAUUUGUUAUAAGGUCUGAUAACAGUUUGAACUGUGUCGGUGAAAUACUUUCACCCAUUGUUUAUAAAUUGUGAAUUUUUAACGUCAAUGUUUUAGCCUCAUUUGGGUGUAUGUUUUAACGAUGUUUUGAUAGUAAGCUUAAAUUAAUAUACCAUCAAAAUUUAAAUCAGAAUUUAACAUUUCAUAGCUUUUUCAAUUAAUGGGCGAAAAGUAUUCACACUGUGAUGCAAAAGAGACUUGAGUAUGUGGAAUCCAAUGAGGUUUGAUUGAAGUCGAAUUGAUCGAGAAGUGAAGUGGAGAUUUGCCCUCUGAGCUUAAAGACUGUUCCAUUUGUUUCAAAAGAAAAGCUAAACAAGAACAAAGAAAAACGAUGGAGAACAUUUUUAUGAAAACUCUUUUCAGAAAACCACUGACGAAGCAAGGUAGCCUCUGGAUUAUCAAGGUUGUUAGAACAUGAACGCGGUGCUUCCAGAU